AUGUUGGAUACCUCUGCUAAAAGGUUACUGCACCCAGCAAGCUAUCAGAGGAUGAUGCAACGCGUCAUGGAUUCACAUAAACUGCGAUUAUUACAGCCCGAACCGCCUGCAAAUUUACUACAUGGAAAUAUGUUGUGUGCAUUGUGUUUUCAACAUUGCGGAACUAAUCAACGCCCAUUGGGCGAAUUGUUUGGUCCGUAUUUCGUUUCUAUUUCUGCCGAAUGUCAUCCACCUGAACGGAUCAUGCCGAGGACGUUACUUCCGCAGAGCAAACAAAAUAAUGUUUUCCUUAUAAACCUUUUCAGUAAUUUGAAAUAA